AUGGCUCCCGGGAAUAUCAACGUCUUUGUAACAACCUUCUCAGGCUUAGGCCUACCUCCUACUCUAUCUCUUCCCAUACCCCCAACCACAACUCUUUCAGACCUUCACCAUCGCAUCGAGGAUCGAUUACCGCAAAUUGAUUCGCGACUUAUUUUGACUACCGUAUCAAACAAACAAAUCCUCUCCAAUUCUAGAGAUCUGGUUUCUACUCUCUGCGACUCCGAUGAUGCAUUCUUGUCUCUACGAUUGUCAAUCCCGCUAUGCGGUGGCAAAGGUGGAUUCGGCUCUCAGCUCCGAGCAGCUGGUGGCCGGAUGUCUUCGAAAAAGAAGAGGAACCGCGGCGACGAAAACGCAUCCAGCAGAAAUCUAGAUGGGCGCCGAAUAAGAACAGUCAAUGAGGCUAAGGCAUUAGCUGAAUACCUAGCUAUCAAACCCGAGAUGGAGCAGAAGGAGAAGGAAAAGCGACGCGCGCGCUGGCAGCAGAUUGUCGAUGCCGCGGAUGAGAAGGAGCACGAGAUUAAGAACAGCACGAAGGGCCGCUUAGAUGGCAAGUGGGUUGAGGACAAGGAAGAAGCUAGCGAGCGAACGCGCGAGGCAGUUCUCGCUGCUAUAAAAGCAGGAAACUUCAAGGAUAAUCUGCUCGGCACAUCGCACGGCUCUGCCUCUCCAGAGGAAAUGGACGAAGACUCGAGCGAAGGAGAAGAUUCUGAGGAGUCAAGCGGCUCGAAGGCACCAGCUCCGCCGACGAAUGCCAAGUCAAAGAAUACCACGUCAAAGAAGCCCGUCACGAGAGCGUUCGCCGGAUUUGACGAAGAUGACGAGUUUAUGAGUUCUUCAGAUGAGGACGAGGAGAAGAAAUAA